AUGCAUCCCCAGGACGAAAAAGUAUUGGACACUGAGCAGUGGAAAAUCGAAGCUCAAGCUGUCAUAGACGACGUAAAACAUCACGUUCGAAACUUCCAGGUGAGCUCUACCAUCCAAAGCAGCAACAGAGCCAUCCACUUGAAUUUGACGACUCUUGAGGGACUCCAGUUUUGCGUGAGACUGUCACCACAGGGAUUUAGCAUCGUUGGUAAUAAACACGACUGUACAGACAACGCAGAUUUCGAUCUCGAUUAUUACGAGACUAUCUACAGUCUACUAGAUUAUAUCAGUCCUCAGUACAGAAAUUCCUUUAGUAAACAUCUCGCUGAAAAAUUACAGCAGCUCAGUAAUAGUCACGACUGA